UCCUGUUCAUGGGACUUAAUUACUCCUUAACUGAGUAAUCCUUAGGUGGUAACUCGUUCAUACGUAUCAACCCACACAUCCACCUAAAACCCCUCUUACCAUCUUGUAAACCCCCUUUAGGAGUCCAAAAUUCUUGACUGACCUAUAGAUGCUUUGCAGUUCCAUGCAGUGAAUAGUUUUGGUAACAUUUGUGUAUCUGUUUCCCACUAUCCAACCAGAUGGUGGCAUCCACUGGGAGCGUACUGACAAGCCAAUCGCAGAGAAGUACCCAUUUUUCUAUGCCCCACCUCCUUCAGCUGAUAUAGAGAUUACAGGUUAUGUCCUGUUGGGGUUCACUAAGGGACCCGCCCCAUCGCAAGAGGAAAAGUCCUAUAUGACCCAGAUUGCAGUGUGGUUGGUUCGGCAGCAGAAUUCUCAAGGAGGCUUUCGAUCAACUGCAGACACCGUAGUGGCCCUGCAGGCUCUCGCUGAAUACAGCUGCCUAGUAUACAAGAAAGGGGCCACCAAUCGUGUCACAGUGUCUCUGGCAAGACAAGUGAUUGCCACUUUUAAUGUGCAGCCAAGCAACAGGCUUCUGGUACAGAGACGCAUGCUGCCGAGCCAACAAGGAAACUACUCAUUUGGUGUUAGUGGGAAUGGCUGCUGCCUGAUACAGGUAGGGACCCCCUCAUGCAAUUAACAAUGCCCCAUUAGA